UCCGUAAACAAAGAAAAAUGUCGGCUGCUACUUUGACACGAAGUCUCAAUCCUGACGAUGACUUUAUCUUGUACGGAGAACCGCCUUAUUACACAGAACGCUCAACAUUCUGUCCAACAAAGUCAGACAUGACAACAACAACAAGAAACCUAAGCCAGCAUGACUACCGAGCAGAGCUGUACCAAGACGUUUUAGAGGAUGAUCGACCCCUACGCGGUUCCCUGCGCACUAUGUAUCGUAUUCUUCAAGGUGUCAGUAAUAAGAUAGCCAAAACCCUGACCGAGAAAAGCACAGCAAGAAGCUUAUACAAAACGCACCAAACAGGCUCAGAAAAAUCUUUUGAAGAUAUCGGCAACCAAACAGCCCACAGGCUCGACGACAGAAAGUGGCUGACGGAUUCUGAAUGGAACACGGAGUCUGGUCAUCACGUAACCUUCAGGAACAACAUCCCAACAUUCAACGGGGUUCGACCAAACUCAUCACUGUCCUCGCUAAAUCUCACUUCAGGCGGGGAUGAUACUGGUGUCCCUUUGACUAGGUUUACGAGAGCCGAUCUGAUAGCGUCUGAGUAUUUUCCGAUUACAAUGAGCUACAAGUCAUUAGAUGGGGAAAAGAUCGAGAGAAGGUCGCGAUCCCGAGCUCGCAGUCCUCGCAGACCUGUGUACAGCGCUGACGGAAGGUCAAGAGGUGAUCAACGAUCAUCAUCGAGAGACAAUUACAAAGCAAUGAAGAGACUUGAAAAGCUGUAUACUGUAGCUUCUGAAGCGCCUGGGAUCGCCGAGUCCACCAUUGCGAUCAUGUCACCAUACCAGGAGGAGAUGACCCGCCUGCGGUUGGAACGUCUGAGACUGGAGGAAGAACAUUUGAGGGAGCUAAAACGUAUUGCAGAACUCGAGAAAAUGAGAGGACCCAAACCUAAAUGGUAUGAACUGAAGGACUCUCAGUUUCACUACGAAGCACAAAAGAACAACGAGCUUCUGCGAAGUCAGGACAGAUGGAACGAACUGAUGGAGGAAAGAGAGAUGCUGACCAGAAAGUCACAGGAGUUCCAGAAAAGUCUACAGCAGCGUAGCGCUGUCUUUGCCUGAAUUAACAGUAGUAGUCUUCUAUUUGUCAUAUGUCCUGGUAUACACCGCUUUAAGCUUUUUUUUUUUAACAAGUUAAUAACAGUUAAAUAAUUAAACGAGUAGAAUUAAUAGUGAAAUAUCACUCUUGGAAUAAUAGUUGCAGUUGAAGAAAAAAAAAAUCAGUGUUAAAAUGUAGAGUGGAUGUAAUUGUUAUUCUGACACAAGUUAACAUUCUUCGAUACGUUCCUUUAUUUGUAAUCAGUAAAAUAAAAAAUAACAUAGUGGUAUUGUUCAAACUAACAUCUUUACAUUUAAUGCAAUCAACAUGCAAUAAACAUUUUUUAUCUUAAUUA